AUGCAAACAGUUAAAAUUGUUUUGCAGGACGAGCUCCAGGAUAAAGUCAUUGACACAUUUUAUUGGACUGACUCAUAUUCUACUCUUUGUUGGAUUCGCAAUGUGAAACCUUGGACACAAUAUGUUAGGAACAGAGUUUCGAAAAUUUUGAGUACUUCUAAGCAAGAAAAAUGGUUCCAUUGUCCUGGGGUAGAUAAUCCGGCAGAUCUGCCUUCCAGAGGAAAACAUGGGGGUCUCGCUGCCAAUUCGUUCUGGUGGGAGGGUCCACAAUUUCUUAAGUUAGAACCACAGGAAUGGCCCAAGUCCCCUAAUGGCAGUGAGUUGGUCGUAGAAGAAGCAUUGCAGGAAAGGGUUAAACAGGGGCCUAUCAUUACCCACGCAAUAUUUACUUCAAAGGGGAAAUUCGAAGAACUUAUUGAUAUAAUGCGUUUUAACGACAAGGGUAAACUGGUACGAAGUUUUGGAUGGGUUAUAAGUUUUUUCUCCAACUUGAAAAGUGCGGUACAAGGUACUGAAAUAAAUCGUAGCGAAGGUUUAAGUGCCCCGGAAAUUCAAAGGGCAGAAACAGUAUUAAUACGGUCAGUUCAGCACGAGUCAUUUUCAUCUGAAAUAAAAUAUUUGUUAAGCUCGGAAUCAGGCAAAAAGGGUACGAAAACACCGCUGUACAUAAACCAGUUUAAUCUAUUUUUGGAUAAGGACAUGAUUCUUCGAUGUAGAACACGUGUAGGAAAGUCUACAAUUGCUGAAAGUAGCAAACGACCUGUAUUUUUGCCUGCUAAAAGUAAGUUGUCGGAGCUAAUAAUUAAGGAUUGCCACGAUAAAGUGUUCCACAACGGUGUAAAGGACACGUUAAACUUAAUGAGACAGCGUUAUUGGGUUCUCCGGGGGAGGGAACAAGUAAGAAAACUCGUACGUCGUUGCAUUUUGUGUAAGAGACUUGAGGGUUUACCCUUCAAGACCGUAUACAGCCCUGAAUUACCAGAGUUCCGCAUUGAUAGUGGUCCGCCCUUUACAAAUGUAGGCAUAGACUUUGCGGGACCAUUAAUGGUAACAGGUAGAUGGAAUAAAGACGAACAAAUUAAAUGCUAUCUGUGCUUGUUUACGUGUGCUGCUACGAGAGCAGUUCACCUUGAAGUUGUCGAAUCAUUAAGCGUUGAAGAUUUUAUUUGUGCUUAUCGACGCUUUAGUGCUCGUAGAGGGACACCCUCAUUGUUGAUUUCCGACAAUGCCAAAACCUUUAAGUCGGCCUCCAAGGAGAUCACUAAACUACUGCGUUCUCCCAAACUAACUGAAUAUUUUACGAUAAGAGGUGUAAAAUGGAAGUUUAUCGUAGAACUCGCACCAUUUUACGGGGGGUUUUGGGAGCGACUAAUAAGAAGCACGAAACGUUGUCUGACGAAAGUCGUGGGUCGAGCGACACUAAGUUAUGGGGAAUUGGAAACAAUUGUCGUGGAAAUUGAAAGA